GUAAACUUUCAUACAAAUUGAGUGAUACGUCUGCUUGCUUUUGAAACGCCGCGUUGACACAGAGACGAAAAUUUGACACCAGUGGCUUUUUGUCCGUUGUUAGGAUCAUAACAGCUGGAGACACAUAGGCCCUACAAUGGGUUAGCUUUCAUUCCAUUCAUUAAGAAGUUCUGGUCUGUAUAAUGUCAAGUGACAGCAUAGUACUGGGAACUUUUAUGCAGUGGCCGGAUGCUAUCUACAACCAUACCAGGAUGUACCUUGAUGUGGCCUGGACGUACAUAGAAUCCUUAGACAUAGACUACAUCAAGUGGGUAUUAUGGGUACUCUAUCCCAUCAUACUCUCCUUCCUCUUGCCACUUUUGCUACUAGCGUUUAUCUAUGGCUCAGCCUCGUUCCUUCUACUUUACCGACGACGGCACCGCCUACGAGAUGCGUAUGCCAGGGAUUUCUGGGAUGGAGCUCGCAACACACUGGCUGCUGUCUGGGAAGGGCAGGGACGAAUUUGGCAUGGUUUUGACAUUGUUGGACUGGAUAAAAUUCCUGACGAUGGUCCUGCUCUAAUAAUUUAUUAUCAUGGUGUAAUUCCAAUUGACUUUUACUAUGUGAUCGCCAAAACUAUACUAGAGAAAGGUCGUCAGAUCCGGGCUGUUGGAGACAGGUUUCUCUUUAAAGUUCCAGGCUGGCGUCUCAUGAUGGAGGUGUUCUGCGUCACCCCGGGUACGGUGCAGAGCUGCGUUGAGGUCCUUAAUAAAGGUCAUUUAUUGGCCAUUGCACCAGGUGGAGUUAGGGAAGCUCUGUUUGGCGAUGAAUAUUACAGCCUUAUGUGGGGAAAAAGGGUUGGAUUUGCAAAAAUUGCUAUGCAAGCUGGUGUACCUGUGAUACCGAUGUUUACUAAAAACUGCAGGGAAGUUUUCCGUACACCUUCAUGGGGAAGAUACUGGUUAAGAAAACUGUAUGAGAAAACCAGACUUCCCAUUGUUCCUAUCUAUGGCGGUUUCCCAGUCAAGAUGAGGACUUACUUUGGAGAUCCAGUCUACCCUGAUGAAAAUUCAAGUCCAGAGGAAUUUGCAAAUAAGGUACAUGAGGCUGUGAAUGAUCUAAUAACAAAGCACCAGCGUGUGCCUGGCAACAUCCUCCAUGGUUUGUGGGAAAGAGUUGUCUCCCCUAAAGAGAAGACCAGCUGACAUGGCUGCAUCCAGAUUCCUUUCAUUUCUUUCUGUCUGUCCACACAUGUGAUAGCAAGGCUAGUUCAAACCCUGAAACCAGAUUUAACACAUACUUUUAAUUUAUAUUACCCGGUGUUCAGAGUAAGCGCAUCUUAUUGUCUAUACAUUUUUUCACAUAGUAGCACAGAUUUAUGGUUGAAUAUGUAUAUUUGAUAUUCAUAUACAAACAUUAUUUGUUUUAGACGGAAUUGUCUAAAUUUGUACAAAAAGGGACCGAUGCUUCAUAUUUAUUUAGGCAAAUGGUAUCAUUUAAAAGGUGCCGGUGAGUUUUUGGGUGUCCUUUCAGAAUAUGUGGAAGAUUAGAUACAAGGCAUAAUCUCCUAUGCCAUCUAUCAGUCUGCUCAAUAUUGAAAUACUCAUUAUUUAUACUCUUCAAAAAAUAUUAAUUAGUAACGUACUACAUGUAGCACUAGACACUUUUGUACAAGUUGUUGUUGUAAAAGUUUUCUGAAAAAAGUUGUACUCAUUUCUUAACUUUAUGUUGUCAUUUGUUGAUUCCAUGAAGAAAAUUAUGGAAUAUCUAAUCUAGU